CAAACCCAACACCCUAUUUUAAUCUCGGCUAAAACGAUUUAUCGCGACAUCAUCAUUAUUAUCAUUCAUGCAUUUUAGCGGUGUCUCGCAGUCUUAUUUCGAAUAGAAAGGAAUUACAUAACCAAAUCAUGUCGAGUUAUAGUUUGAAAAAUGUGUAUGCCACUCUUCCAAGGACCCAAAGGGGGCAACCUUUGGUGUUGGGAGGAGACCCAAAAGGAAAAAACUUCCUUUACACCAACGGAAAUUCCGUUAUCAUCCGAAAUAUCGAGAACCCGGCGAUUUCCGAGAUAUACACCGAACAUUCUCUCCCUGUAAAUGUUGCGAAAUACUCCCCGAGUGGUUUUUACAUCGCCUCGGGGGAUCAAUCGGGGAAAGUUCGAAUUUGGGACACUGUAAAUAAAGAGCACAUUUUAAAAAAUGAAUUCCACCCGAUCGGGGGGCCGAUUAAAGAUAUCGCAUGGUCCCCAGAUAACCAACGGAUGGUUGUUGUUGGGGAAGGGCGAGAACGUUUCGGUCACGUUUUUAUGUCCGAAACUGGAACUUCGGUUGGGGAAAUUUCCGGACAAUCAAAACCGAUUAAUUCGUGCGAUUUCCGCCCAACACGACCCUUUCGAAUCGUCACCGGCUCUGAGGAUAACACAAUCGGGGUCUUUGAAGGACCCCCCUUUAAAUUUAAAAUGACCAAACAAGAUCAUUCUCGUUUUGUGCAAGCCGUGCGUUAUUCGCCAAGUGGAAAUUUGUUUGCAUCGGCUGGAUUCGAUGGGAAAGUUUUUAUUUACGAUGGAACAUCAUCGGAUUUAGUGGGGGAAGUGGGGAGCCCCGCUCAUAACGGUGGUGUUUACGGGGUGAGCUGGAGCCCCGAUGGGAAGCAACUUUUAACAUCGAGCGGGGAUAAAACCGCCAGACUUUGGGACGUUGAAACGAGACAAAUGGUGUCCGAGUUCGUUUUGGGGGCAACGGUGGAGGAUCAACAAGUUUCGUGUCUUUGGCAGGGUCAAUAUUUACUUUCCGUUUCUUUGAGCGGAUUUAUUAACUAUUUAGACGUUAAUGAUUCAUCAAAACCUUUAAGGAUUGUGAAGGGUCAUAACAAACCGAUCACCGUUUUAUCAUUGACCGAAGAUAGAACAAACAUUUUUACCGGCUCCCAUGACGGAUUUGUCACAAAUUGGAACGCCUCAACUGGCGAAAAUAAUCGUGUUAACGGCUUGGGACACGGAAAUCAAAUAAACGGGAUGAAACCGAACGGAAAUUUAAUGUAUACUUGCGGAAUUGACGAUUCCGUUAAACAAAUUGACAUUGAGAAUAAUACCUACACCAAAACAGACAUUAAAUUGGGGUCGCAACCGCGGGGUAUGGAUAUUUUGAAGGAAAAAAAUAUCAUUAUUGCAGCUAGCGUUAAUGAGAUAUCCGUGAUACAAGAUGAUAAGAAAGUGGGGGAGUUGAAAGUUAAUUAUGAACCGUCGAGUGCAAGCGUUUCUAAAGUUGGUGAUAUCGCCGUUGGGGGGAGCAUGGAUAAUAAAGUUCAUAUUUAUGAGUUAAACGGAACAUCACUUAACCAAAAAAUUGAGUUGGAUCAUUUAGGCGCUGUAACUGAUGUUUCUUUUUCCCCAGAUGAUAAAUAUUUGGUGGCUUGUGAUGCUCAUAGGAAGGUUAUUUUGUAUAGUGUCCCGGAAUAUAAGCUUGCCACAAAUCAAGAAUGGGGAUUUCAUAACGCGAGGGUGAAUACGAUUGCUUGGUCGCCAAAUUCUUUAUUAGUAGCUAGCGGAAGUUUAGAUACGAACAUAAUAAUUUGGUCUGUUGUCAAGCCGAAUAAGCACGUGAUAAUAAAAAAUGCCCAUGCGCAAAGUCAAAUAACGCGAUUGUCUUGGUUGGACGAUUCGACCUUGGUUUCUGUUGGACAGGAUUGCAAUACGAAGAUGUGGAUAAUAGAACCUUUUUAAUUAUUAUUUAGUUAUUUUUAAUUAAGUAUUUCCCAUCUUAUUUAAAAGUUUUAUUUUGCAUUUAAAAAGUAUUUAUAAUCCCAGUAUAAUUUGAGCUUUGAUGAGCUGUGUUCCUACGAUUUAAAGCUUUUUUUUAUUUAUUUUCAUGUAUUUUUAUAUUAUACAAUUAAUUCGAUGAAA